AUGAGCGCCACGUUAAAAUCUACGUACCGUCCGGCACCCGCAGAUUCCUCUCUGCCACCAGGUUGGACAGAGCACAAAGCGCCCACCGGCCAUACAUACUACUACAAUGCUGAGACGAAGCAAUCUACCUACACCAGACCCAGUCUUUCCUCUGAUGAACCACUCCGCAUUGACUAUGGCGCCACCGAGCCCGACCAUGUUAUGCGCGCCUCGCUGCAAGCUAUGGAAGAAUUCAACAGAAACAAUGUCAUGGCGCAACCGGGGCAUUUCACGGGGGGAAGAAGUUACCAAGAGCACUCUCGUCGGAGAGGCAACCAAGGGGACCGACCCAAGUCGAAAGCCCCUAUCCCGAAUUGCGGGCCGUGGGUGCUGGUGAAGACGAAACUAGGCAGGAGGUUUGUGCAUAAUACCGAGACGAAGCAAAGUUUUUGGAAGUUUCCGCAAGAUGUCAUGAUGGCGGUGAUCGAGAUGGACAGGCUGGAAUGGGAGGCCAAGAAGAAGGCAGAGACAGAGCAGCAAGAGACUAAGGAACGUGAAAAAUCACAACUGAGGGACGAUGCAGAGCGAUCAGAGACUCCCACAAGGGAAAGACCUCAAGCUUCUACUGGCCCGCAAGAGUACGACAGCGAUGAGUACGAGGAAGUCGAAGUGACAGAUGAAGAGGUCGAAGGAAUUGAUGAGCCGUCAAAAAGGCCUCGUCUCUCCGACGAAACUGAAGGUGAAAUCCCUCCAUCCACUGGACCAGUGGAGUUCAAUGAGGACGAUAUAGCCUGGCAACUUGCGCAGAUGGAGGGCCAUGACGGCUAUGACGAGGACCGGGAUCACAUGCACGGCGAUGGAGAAGGAGCGAACCCGGAAGAAGAAGACGAAGACGAAGGCCUCCCUCUAACCGCGCAGGACAAUAUAGCACUCUUCCGCUCGCUCCUCGACGACUCCGGCAUCUCGCCCUACUCCACAUUCGAAAAACUGAUCGAAGACACCCUUCUAGUAGAAGAUCCCCGUUACAUCGCGUUACCAAACACCUCGUCACGCAAAGAGGCUUUCGGGGCAUGGUCUAAGGACCGAAUUGCAGAGUUGCAAGCCUUCAAGGCCUCAACGUCCGCGAAAGAAAGCAAGAAGGACGCAAAGGUCGAGUACCUGCGGUUUCUGCAAAAACACGCCACGCCAAAACUAUACUGGCCGGAAUUCCGGCGCAAAUUCAAAAAGAUCCCCGAGAUGCAGGACCGGGAGUUGCAGGACAAGGACCGCGAGAAGCUCUACCGCGAGUUCGUGGCUAAGUUGAGACUAGGCGACGCGGAGAGCAGGAAGGAAUUCGUGAGCCUGCUCAAGAGCGUCGAUCGGGCUAAAUUUGACAAGGGUAGGGACAGGGGCAGUUCAGUUGCUCUGGACGCUUUGCCGGACGCUGUCCUGAGGGAUGUCAGGUUCCACAUCUUGGAACCUACCAGGAGGGACGAGCUCUUGAGGACCUUCUUGGAAACGCUCUGA